AUGAAAACAUUACCCGAAAUGAUGAAUGGCUUUAAAUUAAAUUGGAUGAAUUUGCGUGAUGCAGAAAAUGGGCGUAUUCUUUGGCAAAGUACAGAUGAUAUGGCAGAUCCAUCUAAAGAGCAUACUGCUAAAAUUCCCAAAAGUAUACUAAAAUGUAAAACAGUAUCUCGUGAAAUAAAUUUUACUUCAGAAGAAAAAAUUGAAAAAUUUAGAUUAGAACAAAAAGUCUUUUUAAAAGAUAACAUUAUUGAGGAAUGGUUUUUUGAUUUUGGAUUUGUUAUACCACAAUCAACAAAUACCUGGCAAAAUGUAAUUGAAGCAGCACCGGAGGGGCAAAUGUUACCAGCAGUUUUGUUAAAUGGAAAUGUUGUGAUUGAAACUAGUUUUUAUGAUGACGAUCAACUUGUUAGUACCUCAAGAGUAAGAUUAUAUUACAUUUAA